AUGGCUAGAAAAUUGUGGAGCAUCUUCAUCAUCCUCAUAGCAACCACAGUUGCUGAAGAGGUAAAACACACAGUGCAUAAUAUUAAUUGGAGUGCCGGUGCCAAUGCUCGUGAAAAAGCGCGAGAUAUCAGAGUUGGUGACACACUUAUUUUCAGAUAUAAAGCUGGAGAACAUGAUUUGAUUGAAGUCGAUAAGGAUAGCUAUGACAAAUGUAUUGUGCCUCCGUCUGCUAAAAUUUUCACUACUGGAAAGGAUGCGCUAUUCGUACAUACCCCAGGACCAAAAUAUUUCAUUUGUGGAUUUCCACAACACUGCAAGGACCGUGAUAUGAAGCUUCAAAUAGAGGUUCGCGAUCAAUCAGAUCCGAAGCUUCAAAUUGAUGAUCCCAACCACAGGAAACUAGAAUCAACUCCAGGUCCAACACAACCGGAGUUGAUUGUGUUCGUGGUUGGAGAUGAUAAAGGAUGGAAUGAAAAUGUUGAUUUCGAAGCUUGGGCCAAGGGGAAGGAAUUUUAUAUGGGAGACUUUCUUGCGUUCAACUACACAGUAGGGAAACAUAAUGUAUUAGGAGUAGACGAGGCGGCGUUUAACGAAUGUACAAUUCCUAAAGAUCAAAAUGAAGCUCUUUCUUCUGGAAAGGAUCAGGUCCGCUUACUAUCCAUGGGAAAACUUGGGUUUAUUAGCGGCAUUGGAAAGGAUUGUGAGAAUGGCAUGAAGCUUCUCAUCAAUGUCAAGUGCCCACACACCAGACCCAAGCCUCCUGCAUUGCAAGGAGGAAGAAAACUAGUUCCAUCAAUUUAA